AUGCAAGCGUGUGAUUUCUGCGGAUAUGACGGGAAUGGCGAUGCUAUCUCCUUCCACAGAUUUACACUAGAAGAAGAAAAUCGUCGCCGUUGGACGGUAAAUAUGAGAAGAGACGCUGAAUGGACUCCAUCUGAAUCUGCAUCUCUGUGCUCCGCUCACUUCACUCCGGAUUGCUUUGAAUCUGGAUCAGCACAUUUACACCCAAACGCUAUUCCGACUAUAUUUGAUUUUACACAGUGCAUGAUACGUUUUUUUAUUUACACUUCUGUAAUUUCUUUGAAACAGAAUCUAAACACUGAAAACAUCCCUCAAGACCAAGGAGAACAUAAAUCAACCGACUCGUCAUGUUGUGGCUGUUAUAAACGUCUACAGGCUACAGAGAAAGUUUACCAACUGAAAUUAGCUGCUGCCCAGCUUCAAAUAAAAGAAUACAAAAAGAAUCUAGCAGAAGAGUCACGAAAAACAGCAAAAUGGCAAAAGAGAGCCAUAGUUCUGCAGAGUGCCAUUAGAGCCAUGAAACAAAGAGGGAUAAUACCUACAACAAGAAAAACCUCAACACCAAAAAAAUACUAA